AUGUUUUCAGCUCCAGAGAAUUCAAGUCAUUUUGAUGCGCCUCAUUUACCUCAGCAUUAUGAUGCCUCUGCUAUGUUCUAUGGGAUUCGCCUUCAUCAUCCACUCCCCAGUCUUGAUAUUGCUGUUGCUCCUCCAUCCAACAUUUAUGAUCCUUACUCGACCCCUUCAUCUGGAUACAGAGGGUUCCCUGUUUCUAUGAAUCAUGGACCAUCUGGUCAUUUGCCAUCUUCCAGCAAUCACGGAGUCAUUGGAGUCUCUACAUAUGAUCGAAAGAAUUCUCAAGGCAUCCUGGGGAAUUUUCAGUAUUUUAACGGCUUUGCAAGCUCUAGUUCUUCGGCUCCCCCUUUCAAUACAAGGCAUCUUGAAUUCGGGGUUCCCGUGAUGGAUUCUGCAUCUUUUGCCUUUGCCCAGCCGCAGUACAGAGGGAAUAAUGCUCCUUCAAUCAUGGAAGUAGGAUCUCACAGAAGUGUGAGGAACAGAUCAGGUGCUGUUGGGCUGGAUUCUGUUCUGGCACAUAAUCAUUACCAUUUGGUGCAAGGAAACUAUAUUGGCCAUCCUUUUCAGCCUUCUGGCAAUCCCUGGGUUGACCAACAAUCAGGCAAUAAUGGUAGUGGUGGGGGAACUUUGGCCUGGAAUCAUGGACCUGCUUUACCUUAUUCGCAUGGGAGCAACAUCAGUGGAGGUUCUACAGAGGCUGGGAAUGUGGGUAUACAGGGAUAUCAUGAUACAUCUAGUGCCAGAAGUUCCACAGAUUACCUUCAACCUCCUGUCCUUCACCGGCACCAUAAUCUUCAUUAUCCACCACCACCACCACCGCCACCACCACCUAUGCAAGGAGCAAGAAGACAUUUCCACCCUCAAGUAGUGGCAUCUUCGUAUAGACUUGUCACGAUUAGUUCACGUAGUCCUGUGACUCCUCAGGUCGGUGUAGAGGCAGGGCACAGGCAUCCAGGACCUGUUCCACCUACUGGGAUUAGAAUAGACCGAUCUCAUCGAGGGGGAGUCGCACCUGAGGCAACAUCGAGACAUGGUAAUCUGCCUUACUUGAGAGCGCUCCCAGAAGAAGAAGUUGCCAUACUAGAUCUUUCAGCAUCUUAUCAAGUAGGGGAAGUAAGCACAGGGCUUUCAGAGGAAUCCAUUACAAAUUGUCUAAAAACUAGAACUUAUAUAUCUUCAACUUGUCUGAAUCUGGAAGAGGGUGCAAGUAUGGAUGAGGAAAAUGAUUCUUGCAUUAUAUGCCAGGAGGAGUAUGAGAAUGAAGAGAAGAUUGGAUAUCUUGAUUGUGGGCAUGAGUACCAUGCAGAUUGCUUGAAGAAGUGGGUGCUGAAGAAUGUGUGCCCCCUCUGCAGAGCCCCAGCAAUGACCCCAAAAAAGAAGGAUGUAUAGAGGAGCGACGAUGGUUGAAAGCUUAUUCAGGCAGCCCUUUGUUUUCUUAGUUUUUGUCUAGGUGUUUCUCCUUGUUC